AUGUCGGGUGAGGGACAACCAAGUCGAAGAUUGAAACGUCCCGUGGAUCCGGGACCGAGACUUGACCGUUUGACCGAAAACACCGAGUAUUCUAAUUCCUACGACUUGCUGGCGAGCACAUACAGCCCUACCAUCUUUUACCAACUUUACGUUCCUUUCACUUACUCUAUACAAGCUUUUCUCAACAAUUUUGUUCACCCUACUCCUCAACUCCGAUCCGCCCCGUCUUUUGAUCGUCCUUGUACGACACCGGCCUUACCUUCUCCUAUCCUCCUAACCGUCCCUUCCACUCUCCUGGUAAAACGCGUACCAAGCGUGAAACAAGAGCUUCUUCUACCCAUGUCCAGUUCUCCAGGAUCUUUCCCUCAAGUGGAAGACGAUACAGGAUAUUUCGAUAUGUCAACUAUGACUUCGAAUUCGAUUUCUCAUUCUAUUCAACCAAGUCCAUGGUCAGGAGAAAACAAACGACAAUCUUUGAAUCUAGCAACCCUGUCGAAUUCAUCAAAUUCCACUACAGUACCCGCUCCAGCUCCUUCAAACUUUAUUCCUAAUUCCGGAUGGUCAUCUCAUUCUCAUUCUCAUUCUCAUUCCCAAUCUCAAUCUCAAACUUUUUCUCCAGAUCCAACAUGGUCUUUCGACUUCUCUCAAACCACUCCACUUUUCUCACCUCAAGCUCCACCAUUCACUCCAGACACAGGAUCAAUAUACACCCCCGCUGCCAAUUCUUCAUGGUGUAACACAUUUUCUCCUCCAUUAUCAAUGUCAGAUUCCACUUUUACAUCUCUAAAUCAAGGAACAAAUACAACUCUCACUCCUCUUUUUUCAGAUUUCAUGCCACAGGUUCAAACUCCUAUUGAACUUCAACAAGAUUCUUCACAACAACAUUAUUUUUCUAGACCUGGUUUAAAUCGUCAUUUCUCAGCUUCAUUACCUACAAGACAGAGAUCAUCAACCAUAAUGAGUGUCUCAAGUCUUACACCUGAAACUCCUAAAACCGCUCAUAUGCCAUUAUCUUCAUAUCCAUAUCCAUCACCUAGAAACUCGACGUCUUCAACGAGUAGUGGUUUAUUUAGACGACAAUCGAUGGGUAAUCCUCAAACUCCAAAUUCUAUGAAUAUGGGAAUGGGAAUGGGGAUGGGGAUGGGGAUGAGUAUGGGAGGUAAAAGAGUAUUUCAUCCAAGUCCAGCGAUGAGUCCAAUGAUGGGAGGAGAUAUGUUAGAUUUACCUAUGGAUGGUGAAACUGCACAAGAGAAAAAACCACCUAGGUUUAAACCGACCAAAGAACAAUUGGACAUUUUGAUAGGUGCAUACGAACAGAACAAGAAUCCUGAUGCAGCUACGAGGGAAGCUUUGGCAAAGCAAUUGGGAUCGGAUGUUAAGCCAAAGACUUUACAAAUUUGGUUUCAGAAUAGACGCUCUAAAUCCCGCGCUAAAGAACGUGAUGCUCUUGUACCCAAAAUCAGUCUCAAGGGGAGACUCAGCCCUAUCUCCGCGCGUCUUGGUCCGGGAGCGGAUCCUGAGGCUUUGAAACAGUUGACACAUGAUGACGAUGCCAAUUUGAUCCUCUUACCACUUCGAGUCCUAUCCAUAGCAUCAUGGAUACGUUUCUUGAAUCCUGGUCCUUCCCAUUCCCCCGAUCUUGGAGGUUCCAUCCGUCUAACCCCUUCACCAACUCUCUUCCUCUACGUUGUCCAUAAAUCCGACACUUACAGAGUUACCAUACCUAUUUCACCUGACACGAUCUCUUCUUUGAGCGUAGCUACAAACCUUUCUGCAAGUCAAGAUACAGUGGCAGUUAGAUUUCAAUUAUCAGAAGGAUGUACAACUUUCCAUCAUUGGAGAAUUGGACCAAGUACACCUAAUCAAGAUUUUCUGAACAAUCCAGAAUUUUCUAUCAACCCUACUUUUUCCACAAAUUCCAACGUCAAUACUGGUCUUAAUGGUACAACUUCAAAUGUUUCCGAAACAAUGGGGAUGAAUGAACAUACUAUGAGUAUGUCAAAUAUUUCAACAGGUAUGGGAGAAACAAAUAUAGUUGGACUUGGACAAACUAUUAAUAAAGAAAACCAAAAUCAAAAUCAGAAUCAGAAUCAAGAAAUUGUUGGGAUAUGGGAACCAGUUUUAGAUUUCACAGAUGGAGAAGCUACACGUGGUGGUUUAUGUGAAUUAACAGGACCAAAAUCUGAUAUAUUACCACCUUUUACAGAGAUAAAUAAUAUUUUAAGAAAUUAUACAAUAAACGAAAAUUUCAAAAUUACAAAUUUAUCUUUUAUGAAUCCAAAUCAACAAAUUUCACCUUCGGAAUGGUCAACAUCAACCCCACCACCACCGCCUUCAUCUUGGAGAUUAUCAAAUCAAUCUUUAAAUUCAUUCCAACUUAAUGGGAAUUUCACUUCACAACAAGGUACAUCUGGUUUGACAUUUCAACAAAUCGGUAGUAAUAUGAACAAUGAUUUAAAUGUUAAUCAAGGUUUGAAUUUGAAUAAUGGGAAUAACGAUAAUGGAUUCAAAUAUGGUAAUUUGAAUUUGAAUUCAAAAAAUAUCACUCCUAUUCAAAGUCAACCACAAUCGAAUAGAUCUUCAAUAGAUUUCACAACUUUAUCAAUCGAUCCAAUGAAUCAAAGAGGUAGAAGUAUGUCUGCACCUAUCGUUCCUAAUACUUCUUAUGGAAUACCAUAUUCCAAUUCUAAUUCUCAUUCUCAAUCGAAUCAUAAUAUGGGGUUUACUGGUGGUUCAGGAUUCGGUAUGAAUGGAAAUUUCGGAAAUGGAAAUGGUAAUGGUCAUUACGGUUUAUUCGCAAGAGGUAGUUUACCUUUAAUUGAAAGUUCACCAAUAGGUUUAGAAUUCCCAAUUGAUUCUAUACCUCAACCAAAUGAUUUGAAUCGACACAAUAAUCAAUUGAAUGAUUUAGUAAGAAAUGAAGAAAUGGAUCAAGAUUUACAUCUUACAAUUCAAUCUUCUCAACCUUCCAGUACUCAAGUUGAUCUUCUCGGUCAAUCUAAUGGAGAUCAUGGAAUUGGUAUAGUAACCAAAGGUUCAGGAGAAGAAAUUGGAAAUUGGAGUUUACCAUUCACUUCUUCAAUUCAACAAUUCACUUCAUCUUCUUCUUCAUCAUCUACUUUAUUCCAACCUUCUCUACCAAAUCUUACAUCAUCUUCAACUUUACAAUCUAUAGGUCUUAAAACUCAAUCGAACGAUACGGGUUCUCAUAUGCCUUUCGAAGUUGAAGAGAGGAAAGAAACGAAUGAAUGGAAAGAAAAUACCGAAUCACCUUCUUUCGAUUUAGAUGAUUAUACUCAUUCUUCACCCGAGAUGGGUGUGAAAUCGGGGUAUGGAACCGUCGACGGUCUAUGA